AAAAGGUACAGUUUGGCUGUUGGUCCUCCCAAAAAGGUUCCAAAAGUCAAGGGUGUAGAGUCUGCAGCAGUGCAAGCAUUUCUCAGACGGCAAGAAGAAGAAAAAAGAAAAAAAGCACUGGAAGAAAGAAGAAAGAAAGAACAACUCUUGGCUAGACGUAUUGAACUGAAACAUGACAGAAAGGCAAGAGCUAUGGCCUCACGAACAAAGGAUAAUUUUUAUGGCUAUAAUGGCAUUCCAGAAGAGAAGCCUAAAAAGAAGAGGGCUUGUGAGAAUGUCGCUCAGGCCCCAGAGGCUGAGUAUGCAACAGAAGAUGAAACUGAGCAACACGAAUACAGUCAGACUGAAUCUGAGCAUGAGCAAGAGGAGUACGAAGAGAAACCAUCCAAAAUUGCAGUGAAACCAAAGGCACCUCCCAAAAGUGCACCAGCACCUCUGAACUUUGCAGAGCUCUUAAGGCUUGCUGAAAUAAAACAGUAUGAACCAGUGGAAAUAAAAACAGUGAAAAAGGUAGAAGAGAGACCCAGAACAGCAGAAGAAUUGAGAGAGAGGGAGUAUUUGGGACGCAAAAACAAGAGAAUAGAAAUGCAUAAGAAGAGUGAGAAGGAGAUUAAGAAUACAGGGAUAUCCAGUUCUUCCAAAAAAGUGACUUCUCAGAAAGAAUCUUUACAUGCAAAACUUAAAAGCUCAGUAGAUAAACAUUCCACACCAAAAGGCAGUCUGUUGUCUUCUAUGAGUGGUACUGAUAAGAAAUCCAAAGCACCAGCAUUGACUGAAAAACCCUCACGGUCAUUAUCUUCCUCCAGAUUUGGUCAAAUGGAAAAAACCUCACAAAAUGGCUCCUUAAACUCUACUGGUAGCAGUCAUAGUAAAUUACCUGUCAAUAGUAUCGGAAAGUCUGGCUCAAGCUCUCAUGUGCCACCUUCAAAACCAGCAUCCAAUGGGGCUCAGAGGCUGCCAUCUGCUAAAGAAUCCAGCCUGAAAAAGUCUGCCCCCACAAAAUCAGGAAAUGCUGCAGCCCUUCAGUGUGGAAUCAACUCCAAUGCAAAAUGGUCAGGCAGCAGCUUAGGAAAAGGAGGACCUGGACAUCCAGGUGGUGGUCCAAGUGCAGGACCUGGGCGAUUGAGCAAUUCUGGCAUGGGACCUGGAAGGCCAGGCAGCAGCUCAGCUGCAGGACCUGGAAGGCCAGGCAGCGGCUCAAGCCUGGGACCUGGGCAACUGGGUGGCGGCUCAAACAUGGGACCUGGAAGGCCAGCUGGCAGCUCAAACAUGGGACCUGGAAGGCUAGCUGGCAGCUCUAGCAUGGGACUUGGGCGACCAGGCAGCAGCUCUAGCAUGGGACUUGGGCGACCAGGCAUCAGGAGCAGCACAGGACCAGGAAGGCCAGGAAUCAGCCUGAGCACUGGACCUGGGCGACCAGGCAGCAGCUUGGGAGCAGGACCAGGAAGGCCAGGAAUCGGUCCGAGCACAGGAGCCAAGCGACCAGGCAGCAGCUUGGGAGCAGGACCAGGAAGGCCAGGAAUCGGUCCGAGCACAGGAGCCAAGCGACCAGGCAGCAGCUUGGGCAGCAGCUUGGGUACAACUGUAAAACCGAAGUGUACUGUUGUAUCGGAAACUAUUUCUUCUAAAAACCUAGUUACGAGACCUAGCAACGGACAGAUAAAUGGAAUGAGAUCUUUUCAAGGGCAUAGACCUGUAUUUCAUCCACAAGGUCUUGGAAGACCACCUAUUAGUUACAAGAGACAAAUAGAAGAUGAUGAUGAUGAUGAAUAUGACUCUGAAAUGGAAGACUUCAUUGAAGAUGAAGGGGAACCCCAAGAAGAAAUAUCAAAACAUAUUCGGGAAAUAUUUGGCUAUGACAGGAAAAGAUACAAAGAUGAAAGUGAUUAUGCCUUACGUUAUAUGGAGAGCAGCUGGAGAGAGCAACAGAAAGAAGAAGCUAGGAG